AUGCCUCGGACAGACGAGGCCGCCGCCUUUUUCCACGCCGUCUACUCCGCCAUUAGCGAGAUCCCCGCCGGCCGGGUGACUUCCUACGGCCACAUAGCCAUGUUAAUCGGUACCCCCCAGCGUCCUCGUCAGGUCGGCGUAUGCCUCAAGCACCUCCCCGAUGACCCUUCUGUCCAGUGGAACCACGACAGCGUGCCGUGGCAGCGCGUCGUCAACGCAAAGGGCGUCAUAUCCCCGCGGAACCACCCGACGGCGGUGCGCACGCAGGCAGAGCUGUUACGGGACGAAGGAGUCCAAGUGACGGAUGGUGGCAUGGGGGAGCUGAGCGUCGACUUGUCCGAGUACGGGUGGUUCCCGUCGGUGCUGCCGUCCGAAGCCGCCGAUGCACCAGUAAAGGAAGAAGACGCACAGGUCAAGGAAGAAGAUGACAGCGAUUAG